GCAGCAAACAUGGACUACUUAUGGUACAUAUUUGCAGUGCCAGUAACAUUUUUCUUUGGGAUCUACAUUCUGUUGCCUGUUGUUGUGAUACUUAACCCAUGGCUCCAGACCAGCAUAGUGUUCCUUCACUAUGUAAAAGCGCCAUUUGUGGAUUACACCAAACCAAAAAACCUUGGUUACAAAAAUUUAAAAAGUGGCAGGUGUUUCCAUCUGUCUGUGGCGAAAGAUGUGAAGAUUGGUGUAUGGCAUAUCCUGCCAGAGAGUGUCCCGGAGCCAGAGCAAGAAGAAGAUUAUGUCCAUUCAUUAAAGGAUGGAAAACCAAUAUUUAUAUAUCUUCAUGGAACUGCAGCCACCAGAGCUCACACACCUAGAGUAAACAUGUUAAAGCGCCUUUCUUCCAUGGACAAUCAUGUCUUCUCUAUAGAUUACAGAGGAUUUGCAGACUCCUCAGGGAUUCCAACUGAAGAGGGUGUGGUAGAGGAUGCACUCUCUAUGUACAAAUGGGUCCAAUCAUGCUGUGGUGAUUCUCCAAUUAUCAUAUGGGGCCAUUCACUGGGGACAGGAGUGGCUACUUUGUUGGUGAGACAGUUGUGUAAUACAAAUCAAAAAUUAGCUGGUCUUGUCCUUGAAUCGCCAUUCAACAAUCUUCGAGAGGCAGCUAGUCAACACCCUCUGUCACUGCCAUUUAGGUUCUUGCCUUGGUUUGAGAGAGCCUUCCUGGACACUGCUGCUCAAGUCAACAUCAACUUUGAAAGUGAUAAACAUAUAGCACAUGUUACGGUACCCAUCAUGAUUGUACACUCCAAAGAUGACAAUGAUGUACCUAUUGACCUAGGAAGGAAGUUAUAUGAAGCAGCUGUGAAGAGUCGACCUGAAGAUGCUGGACCUAUUCAGUUUUAUGCUCUGAACAAGUGUGGCCAUAUCAACAUCAGUCAGGCUCCAGAAUUUCCUCACGUUGUCAGGAAAUUUCUAAAGACCUGUGGGUGUGGUGACUCGUCAGUCUAUGAUAAGGACUACUGUGACACAGAUAUAGAUUGGAAGGAGCUUAGUCUCGGAACAUUGAACCUCUGGACUAACAAUAAGGAAAAGUGAUAGGUUACAAUGAUGACGUAUCUUUAGAGCUUUGUAGAGAUUUGAUACAAAAUCAUUUACAUUCAUAAUGAAAUUUGUUGAAGCUAACUUAAGUUUAAGGUGAGAGUUUCUAAUUUUUUCCACUCUUUUGAGAAUAUUAAUAAAGAAAAUCACAAUGGUUUAGUAUCAGUGUGUGAAUACUAAAAAUUAAAUGAA